AUGGCAAGUGUCGGAGCCAUUCCUUCGGUUAAAUUAUCAAGUGGGCAAGAUAUGCCAAUUGUUGGUUAUGGUACAAUGACAGAAUCAUCAAUUUUAGAACCAGCAAUAGCAGCAGCACUUGCAAACGGAUACAGACAUUUUGAUAGUGCAUUUUUGUAUGCUAAUGAAGUUGAAUUUGGAGCUGCAUUGAAAAAAUUGCACUUACCAUAUGGGAAGCGCGAAGACCUUUUUAUUACUAGCAAGCUACCCCCACAUGGGAAUAGACCAUCGGAUGUUGCUAAAUAUUUAAAUGCAACUUUGAGGAACUUGGAUUUGGAUUAUUUAGAUUUAUACUUGAUUCAUCAUCCGUUUUCUCUAGUACCCACGGAUGAAUUGGGUAUAGCAGAGGACGAAAAUGGAAACGCGAUUGUUGAUACUAAUGUUGAUCUCAUUGCAGUGUGGAAGGAAAUGGAGAAGCAAGUCAAACUCGGUAAAGUCAAAUCUAUAGGAUUAAGUAAUUUCAAUAGUUCUCAAGUAUUGAGAAUCUGGCGUGCUGCUGAAAUAAAACCAAGUUGUCUUCAGAUUGAAAAUAAUAUUUAUCUACAACAAGAUGAUUUAGUCCAACUUAGCAAAUCCUUGAAUAUAAGUGUAGUGGGGUUCAGUCCACUUGGCUCAAAAGCUUACCCGAAUAGUUCAAAAAAAUUGCCACCGGCUAUUGAACAUCCUUUGGUGAAAGCGAUUUCUAAAAAAUUGAAAAAGAGCCCAGCGCAAGUUUUAUUACGUUACCAGAUAGAACGAGGAGUUGUUGUCAUUCCUAAAAGUUCGCAUGCUGGGAGAAUAAAAGAAAACAUUGAUAUCUUCAAUUUUGAAAUUGGCCCGUAUAUGCCACUGCUUCGGAACUUGGAUCAAAAAGGCGAAUAUCGAAAAUUCGAUUUUCUAGAUGUUUGGAAAGAAGCUGCAAAAAGCCCUGAAUAUCCUUUCGUGGACAGAAUAUCAAACUAA